AUGAAAGAAAAUUCUCUCUGCAAUACUUCUGAAAAUUCCUCUCUCGACGACCCCGAUCCCAACGGAUCAACCAAAAAAGUAAAGAUCCGUUCCGAUAAUGAGAAUUCUACCCUCAUUGAAGACUCUGCCAUGGAAGUGGAAAGCAAUCCCAGCAGCCCUGAACCUGAAAAUCAUAGCCCUAAAGCUUCGUUCAAAGACAAACUUCUCAACUCGGACAAAUCCUCUAUGGAUGUCCAAGCUGAGUUAGAUCCUUGCCUAAGCCUUUCUGACGAAGAUGUUGAAUUUGGAGACGAAAAAGGUAUCCCGGUGAUCAACUUCUCUGACAGAGUUCACAACUUCAUUGCCCACAAUAUGAAGCUUUGUGUGAUUAUUCGCCUUCUUGGAAAGAACAUUGGGUACCAAACUCUAUAUGGUCGACUUAUGAAAUUAUGGAAACCUAAAGACUACCCCAGUCUUGUCGAUUUAGAUAACAAUUUCUUCCUGGUUCGUUUUUACUCCAUGGAUGACUAUAUCAAUGCUGUUUCUGGCGGUCCAUGGGUUUUGUUCGGGCACUACCUAACUGUCCAACCUUGGAGUCCGUCCUUCUCCUCCGAUAACACAAAUGCCACUGCGGUCACUGCUUGGGUCAGAUUUCCUGGUCUCCCUUUUCAGUAUUACCACAAUCAUAUAUUGAAAGCUAUAGCCAAAACAAUUGGGAACGUUAUUAGAAUUGACUAUAACACUGAGGCUAAAGAGCGUGGUAAAUUUGCUCGUAUAGCGAUCAAUCUCGACCUUACUAAACCCUUGAUUUCUACGAUUGUGAUAGACGGACGAUCACAAAGAGUGGAAUAUGAGGGGCUUCCUAUUAUUUGUUUUGAGUGCGGCAGGUAUGGUCAUAGGGAAACCUACUGUCCAUAUAAGAAUCCUAUCGACGCUAUUACCGGCCAAGGUAUGACUGCUCCGGUUAACAAAAAUGAAAAUCCGGCGACCAUGGAUGAAGAUGGCCGUUAUGGUCCUUGGAUGCAAGUCAACAGACGAAGAAGGAAUGUUGAGAACAAAGGAAAUAAUCUCCAGGAUAAUAGCAAGAAAUCUGCUGGCUCCAGGUUUGGUUCUCUUGCUGAUUUAGAGGAGGAAGAUCAGGGUCCUUCUAUAAUUAAUGGCAAGAAUGCUAUUCAAAUUACCAAAUCUUCUACUGCUAUCAACGAUGGGCCUAAAAGGAAUUUACAAAAGGCACAAGACAUACCUGCUAAUGAAAAAGGUAAGAAUAAAAUGCAUAUUCCCAGCUUACCCUCUAGCAAAAGUCCUGCGGAUAUGGCCAUGCAUCCCCAUGCAUUCAACGUUCCCUCUGGUAUUGACUUAGUUCCUGGCGCCCAUGUUGUUCAUUUAUCAAAUCUCACUCCCAGUAGUACCUCUUUGGAUCCCUGUAAGCAUUCUGCUGUCUCCGCUUCUAUCCCCUCGACGUCAUCGCCCGUUCCUUCUUCGUCCAAGGCCAUCUCUGCUAAAGGAAAACUCACAACCAAAAAUCAUGAUAAAGCUCAAUCCCAGUGGAAAGUUAAAAUCAAUAGAAACUCUAAGGGUAGCGUUAAAGUGAGGAAAAAAAGGGAAUCAAGCAUACCUCUUAACACUACCAUUCAGGACCUUAUUUCGGAAAUGAGCAACUCCCUCCCGGUUAAUAGCGCAGGACCUGUUAUUCUUAAGCCGGAUAAUCUGACUGGCUGCAGACACACUCAGGUGACCGAUGCAUCCCACAAUUAA